AUCGGUGCUCGAUUGAGCCGGCGGAGCGGAGGUUCCGGGGCGGCCCGGGCCGGCGGCCGCCGGUAGCGGCGGGAGUGGGGCCGCGGCUCAGGCCCAGCGGCAGAGGCGGUGUGAGGAGAGAGGAGGCUCCGCGGGGUCUGGGGGGCGACGUCGGGGCCCAUAGAGGCUCGCGUGUGUGUAUGGUGGCGUCCUGGCCUGAUGUUGCCUCAGGUGUGUGAGGGACCGGUGUUGGACCCAGACAAAAGGCCGCUCUGAGGCUUUCAGUGGCUGUUGUCGGGAUUGGAGGAGCCUUGGCAACGACUGUGUGUCCUGUGGCAGGCCGCAGCAGGAAGAGACCCUUACUAACAAAGAGAGAAGGUCUGACUUGACAGCGGUAGAGCUUAAGGGGGGGGCCUCAACGGGGAAGAGCGAGUUUUGGCAGUGGUUAAGGAGCCUGGAUUAGGAAGACCUCAGAGCAGAGACAGGGUUGUCUGCUAGGACCAUCAUCACGUAGCCCUUUGUAACUAAAGGUACUGAAACUUGAAAGCCAUGUGUUCCAGGCUAAGGGUGUUGGCAUGCAUUCUGUUCUUCAAAGGCCAAGGUACUAUAUUACAGGUUUUCUCAUUACAGUCAUCUAAUUCACACAAUAAAUGAGUUGCCAUAAUCUCUGUUUAUAACCUGAGCUUCACAACCUUUUAUCUUCUUAUUUCCACCAAAUGGAAAGAAAAACAUCACGAGUAUGACUUCUCUGUUAGCUACUCUGAUUAGCUGCUGCUGACAAAGCAGGAGGUGGAAAUCUUUCUUCAAACCUAGUGAAUGUAUAUAAACCAACAAAUGAGUUGUGAUGAGAAGAAGAGCUUUGAUGAAAACAUGAGCCAAGAACAAUAGCUUGUCAGAGAAGUGUUUAAACUCUCACUGAUAGCUCUUUGGGGUGUAGACAGUUAAGUUUCUGCAUUUGUAAGGGAAACAUGGCAUUCCUUAAAGCUGAACCUCCUCCCUUGGGUUCCCGCUGAAUGCCUGAGAGAUGACAGAAGAGGGUGUCUCCAGGAGGCUAAUAUUAAACAUGAGGAAUUAGUACAGAGGGAGGAACAGCAAAUGAGAUUCCAGUUUUGACCACAGAACGAGCUAAAAAUUUUUGCAUCAGCAGCUGUAUGCAGUUUCUUACUCAUUGUCUGCACAGAGCUCCUUCUGUUCAAAGAGUUCCUGUGUGCCCUCACAUUACUAAAGGCACCUGCCUUGUGUGAUGUGUGACACCCAGACUGCCUUUAAAGGAUUAAUAGGCUCCAGACAAAUAGAAAGUGCUGAGGGAGUGUAAUGCAGGAGGUGUUAACCUUGGAAGGUCAGCCUGGGUUCAGACACACUUGUAACGAGUUUGCUCUCCCCUUGCCAGCCCCAGUUUGUGCUGCUGUGAGCUGCUGAGCUAAAUAUGUGGGUGAAUGGAAGAGGUACAAACAGGAAAUGGGGAAGAAAAAAAGGAGAGGGAGGGAAUAGUUUUUAUAAGCCUUAGGAGGGCUCUGGUUAGUUCUGAAAAAUGAUUUUACCCUGUCCCAUCUCUGAUUUUAGCUCUAUGACCUUGGGAGAGUUAUUUGAACAAUUCAAGCCAAGUGCAAGUCUGCAAGGAGAGAGCAAACCCAUGAGUGCUGAGUGGGCAGCCAGUCAGCUCAGGUGAUGCAGCAAGCCAGCACCACACCCUGUCCUGUUGGCCCUGUGGCCACAGGCAGCCCUAUCAGCUGCUCCAAGUAAGGUAAAAAGAUUGAUUUCCAAUAUGCUGAUAAUCCCUAGGACCUGGCAUUCCUUGGUGACAGAGGUGGCAAGCUGCUCUGGUGUAUCUUCCAUGCACAGAGUCAAAUGCCUUCACAUGGGAUAUUCAGCUCCAGGAACAGCUCUCGACAGUGUUGACUUUCAGCUGUGUCUCAGACUCCCUCAUCUCCUGUAAAAGGUAAUGUUUACUUAUGUAAAAAAGUGCCAGGCACGGGUGUAGCAAGGUCAAAAACUGGCCAACAGAUCUUUGGGGAAAGCAAAGUGCUUAUGCUGCGUCAUGACAAGUCUUUUUGGAACAAAGAGUGUGACCCAGUGCUGCUUUUGGCUGCUGAGUGCCCAGCUCACUGGGUCUGAAAACACUCUGCAGUGGUUUUGAGUUCAUCCUCCUUCAGAUAAAACCCGCUCUGUUUUAUUUCCUUUCCCUUGGUGAGAUGUUUGCAGUAUCCCAGUGAGUCAGUAGGUUGUGCAUUUAAGGAAUGCACCUUCCAGCUGUCAGGAGAAGUGUUCAUUGUGGCAGUGAGGCUCCCUAGUGUGACUUGAAGUUUCAGAAAAGGCCUAAAGGAGAUUUUGAUCAUGAAAUACCAGUGGAAGGCAUUUUCAUGCCAAGUAAGAUGCUGUUUUUAAUGAUUCUUGCCUAUGAAACUCACUGCAGGAUCUAGAUUUCUGUUCUUGAGUUGGUAGCAGUGUCUGGUUAGGAGGACAGCCAGUACCUGACAGACAUGUGGCAUUCCUCAGGGAUUUGUGGUGCUGCUUCGAGGAAAGCUGCUCGUUACUGGCAUAAAGCAGCUGGUAAAUGUGAGAUCACAGCACUGUGGUGGUGGUUUGUUGAGAGUAUGGAGGAACAAGAAAGUAAUUUCUGUGUUCAAGUUGAAUUAUAACUGUGAAGUGCAGUGACACAUCCCUUCCCAGUGCUGCAGCUCAUCGCUCUGUACCUGUGUCCUGCAAUAUGGGUGUUUCAUGGCAGAUGGAGUCAUCCUGGGGGCUAAAGGGGAGAAUAUGAGUCCCUGGAGGUCAAGCCCUCUUUCCCUGCAGAAGCCCCUUGAAGUGUUACCAUAAAAGCCAGUCUAGGAAAACUCUCUGACACUCUAUUUUGGAGUCUUAGAAGACAGUGCUGGAUCACAUCAGCUGAUGUGCACCUCCUGGGUUGAACAAAGCUUAUAUACCCUGUUACAUGUGCAUCAAUUUCCCAUACAUAUGCAUACUCUUUCCUGGAACUAUCACAUUUACAUAGUUAUUUGGCAUGUGGCCUGGCUCUCCAGCAGGCUUCUGUGGGGAGCUUGGAUGGUCUCUGGUGGUUCCUAGUGGUUGUUGAUGAGGUGUCUUGCAGAUUUCUUGAGUCCUUUCCAUGAACUCUCAGUUCCUUCUUACGUAUAUGGUGUUUGUCUUGGCUCAGCACUCUGUUUGCAGAGUUCUCAGGUUUCUUAUCUUGCUCUUGCUGGCUUAUCUGCAUCCCCUCCAGACGUCCCAGUCACAGUCUCACCCAAGACCCCUUGUGACAGUUGCAGAGUUCAAACCCCGUGGCUUGUUUCCUACCCACCUAUGCACCCAAAAAGUCUCAAAACUGUUCAAGCGAGCACAGCAAAACCACCAUAAAAGACUUGGCCGGUUUUUUUCCAUCUUUCAGCCUUUGUUUAAGGCACCAGAAGAGCAAAAACCUGCCCAAGGAAGCCCGGGGCGAGCGUUGUCUCGCGCCGCUGGGGGGCCGGGUCUCGAACCCGCCACCCUCCGACCCCCGAGGACUUUUGGGCGCUGGCGGCGUUCGCCCGGCGCUGAGGCGGCCGCCCGGAAGCGGAAGUGGCGAGCGCGGGUGCCGUCGCCGUUGCCGGGCGGAGGCGCGGGCCCGCGGCGGCCGCUGCGUCCCGUCGCUAUGAGCGCGGCCGGGUUGGUGUCUGCCACGCCGCCCGCCCCCGCGCCGCCCGGGGCACCCGCCGCCGCCAUGCCCCCCGGCCCCGAGUACUACGAGGAGAUGGAGCUGGAGGUAGAGAGCGCCGAGGAGGAGGACGGCGAGCGGAGCGCUCGGGCCCGCGACUCGGAUGAAGACACUGAGGAUGCCAGCGAAACUGACCUGGCCAAACACGAGGAAGAGGACUUUGUAGAAAUGAAAGAACAGAUGUAUCAGGACAAACUGGCAUCUCUUAAGAGGCAAUUACAACAAUUGCAGGAAGGUACUCUUCAGGAGUAUCAGAAAAGAAUGAAGAAGUUGGACCAGCAAUACAAAGAAAGGAUACGAAAUGCAGAACUGUUCCUCCAGCUGGAAACCGAUCAGGUGGAAAAAAAUUAUGUCAAGGAAAAGAAGGCAGCAGCAAAGGAGUUUGAAGAUAAGAAAAUUGAGCUUAAGGAAAAUUUGAUUGCUGAGUUGGAAGAGAAAAAGAAGAUGAUUGAGAAUGAAAAGCUAACCAUGGAAUUAACAGGAGAUUCAAUGGAAGUGAAGCCUAUCAUGACAAGGAAACUGAGGCGACGACCAAAUGAUCCAGUUCCUAUCCCAGACAAGAGGAGGAAACCUGCCCCUGCUCAGCUAAAUUAUUUGUUGACUGAUGAGCAAAUAAUGGAGGACCUGAGAACACUGAAUAAGCUUAAAUCACCCAAGAGACCAGCCUCCCCCUCCUCUCCCGAGCACCUCCCAGCCACACCAGCAGAGUCUCCAGCACAGCGGUUUGAAGCCCGGAUAGAGGAUGGAAAACUCUACUAUGAUAAGAGAUGGUACCACAAGAGCCAGGCCAUUUACCUGGAGUCUAAAGAGAACACAAAGAUCAGCUGUGUGAUCAGUUCUGUGGGUGCCAACGAGAUCUGGGUGAGGAAAACCAGUGACAGCACAAAGAUGAGAAUCUAUCUGGGACAACUGCAGCGAGGUGUUUUUGUGAUCCGUCGCCGAUCAGCUGCAUGACUCUCUACUCUUCCUUGGUCUUAUUUGUUUUUAAACAGAUAGACAAACCUCUAGUGGGGAAUGGCACUGUUCACUUGUCUUAGCAGCAGAGAACACUGCCAUCACCUCUUACAAAACAGUUUGUGGCUGGCCACAUAAUCCCCAGUAGUCCUUAAAUCUUUAGUGGUACCCAAGUACUGCCCUGGACUGUUUCUGGAUUUUGCAUCAAGCUUCUGUACGCUUUCUUUAUCUUUUGGGUGACUAUUUAAGAAGACUUGGCAUCAUAGUUUUUUUUUUCACCGUUGUUUCAUGAUGCAUAGAUGGGACUCUUUCAUGUUGAAAACAGCUAACAGUUAUGUUUUGGAUCAGACCAGUGGAAGAAGCUUUGCUUGUCAACACCUGAGGUUCUUCGUUCUUUUGGGGUUUUCCUUUCCUGCAAGGCUCAGGCUGUUGUGCACAAGAAGAUUAAUCUUGCCAGCUUUCAGCUGCAGCUGAGAGAUGCAUCUGUAAUACCUGAUAUACGAUGUCAGCUUUUUUGGAUGAACUCUUUGGAUGAGCACUGAGGCUUUUUGAAGGAAAGAGUGAACAUCUUAGAAACUGCUGAAAAUUCAGUUGAUUUUAAUGUAGUUAAGCAGUCACAUAUGGUUAAACAGAGCUUCCAUUUCCCUUUACAUUAAAAAAACCCCUUCAAUGAACAAGCAAAGAGUAUAUGUGUUUCCUGAAGUUGUUUUUGAGAAAGGUAGAUGAGUAUAAACCAAAGGAUUCAUUAACUGGGCUUUGCAGAUAGUGAGGCUGUGUGAACUGUGUGAGUGUAACCACUCCUACAUAUAGAGAGAUGAAAGGUAAAUUCCACUUUCUUUCCUGAUGCUUAGAGGAACAAGUCAUGCUGGAAAACUGCUAACAGGAGAUACUGAUCUAUUGUAUCUUCCAAAGAAGCCUGGCCCAGAGUAGAAACCAGCAUUGACAUGCUUUCAGCAAUAUAGCUGAAACCUUCACUCCCUAAAAUGUUAUGCAAAGGUUUCCCUUUGAAGGGUAUUUUAAUUACUGGAGAGAACACUGGGUUUCUACACUUGCCCUCCAAUAGCACAAAUGAAAAUGCUCAAGUGAUGAUAUAUUCCCUUCCAAGAGGUUUAAAGAUCCAACUCUAGUGUUCCUUUAUUAUUCCCAGUCUUUUGCUGAUGGCUGAAACCACCAGUACCAUGUGUGACUGCAUUGGCAUGAAUGACACAUUGUGCUGGCAGUGUUGUCAGACCCUUGCCUUCUGUGCAAAAGAGCUUUGUGCUGCUUUGGGUUUCUGGACAAAAAGUUGUAAUUUCUGCCUUUAUCAACAUCUGUCACUUUGAAGCAUCUUUUGGUUUUGCUUUUAUGCUGCUGUCUUGUUCAGCAUCAAUCUGGCUUUUCCUAUCUGGAUAAAUGGAGUAUUUUAAAUGACCGUUUCCAUUUCUGUUACUUAAUGUGGUUGGGUGGCAGUCACAUCCCAGUAACUGAUGUAUGUAUGUCAAUCUGGAGUGUUAUGGCUGAGUUUCUGAUGUGUUGCCUUUGUGGCUGAGACACCUGAACUAUUCUCACUGUUUUUAGAGCUUCAACUGGAUCUGGAGCUUUGGUGAGGAAGGGAGAGGGUGUCUCUUUCCCACCCCUUGAAAAUGUGCCAUCUCUGCUGCAGCGUUAGUCAGGUGGAAAGCAGCAGGCUGUGUUUUGUCAAGUUAACAGCAUACUUAAUAUAACUUAGCAUUCUCUGCACAUGUGACAGAUUUUUAAUAAGGUGAUGAUGUACCAAACAGGAUUUGUCACUGAGCCUUAAAACGAACAUCUUAGUUCUUGUAAUAAAAAGUGCUAAGUAAAUAGCAGGAUUUAUUUCCUACCUAUAGCAUUUUAUCUGUGUGUGUGUAUAUAUAUGUUUGUGGAAAUAGCUGGAAACUUUGGUUCAAUUUUGGGGAGCUAUCUUGCCAGCCUGCUAACAGCAGGUGAUCUGUUUUUGCUGCUGUGACGUUAAUCUAUUUUGGAGUAACUUUAAAGGUAUUGGUAGAAGUGUGGAAGUGCAGCAACUGUCUUAGAGCCAGAUGUUCUAUAGGUGCACAUUGUGUAAGCUUCUUUGUGUAUCUUCAAGCCUGCAUCUUAAUCUGGAUCAACGUCUGCUCACCAUCCCUGUUCCUUGGCAGAAGUGGGGAGAAUAGCUGCCAAAGCCUGUCUGUUCAUCAGCUGUGGUCUGAUAUUGUAGGGAGUAGGGAGGGUGGUAGGGGUGUGAUGGGGUGGGACACACGUUUCUAGUUCACACACUGAUCAGAAUUUGGAGAGUCUUCUGCAUGUGAAUGCCUGUGGGGCUGUUCCACUAUUUCCCUCUUCUGUAACCCCUUGUGGACACAGUUGUGCUGAGAAGGUUACAGUUAUCACAAUUGUGUUGUAGGGAGAGACUUGUCUUCUAGUUGUAGUGGAAGAAAACAAGCUAACAAAGAGUGAGGACAGUGAGCAGUCAGGGUAGGAAGGAAUAGUCUUGUAUUGACUGGGGAGAUGGGUUAUGUCAACUGAUCCUGAUUCAGGGCAGUGCUUCAGCAUUGAAGUUGUCAGCCCUUGAUCUCAAACUUCCCUCUUUCAUGCUGAUGCUGGAUCCCCAGGAAGGACGGAUGAGGUUUGUACAGCUUCCUCAGUCAGAAUUCCUUGCCCACUGCUUUCCCCAGUGCCCCUGGAUCAACCUUUGGACUGUAAUUUCUGCUUUUGACAGUCCUGAGUGUGGGCUUGUAGCCCUCUCUGCUCAAAUUUAACUACUACACUAAAGGUGUUUUGUUACAAGGCUGCUUCAUCUUAGUUUGUUUUAAUAGAAUGAAAGUGGAUCUUGCCUUCAUUGAUCACCGUAAGUAGAUCUGUCUCCUCUAAGUAAGUACAUGAAUGCUGUAACCUGGUUUUUCAAGCAGACUGUUCUGCAAUGGCCUGUGCUGUUUUACAAGGCUGGAAGUGAUAAAAAUGCAGUGCCUUGUUGUGCACUCAGGGAAGCAGGACAUUUUUUAAUCCUAGAAGGAUGCUCAAAAUGUGUUGUGGCGAGAAUGAGGCGCGUGGAGAUGGAGAGCAGAGACAGCAGCUGCAGGAACGAAGAUUUCCUGCCACCGGUUGAAAAAAUAGAGACAAGUUACUCAAAGAGAUGGACAAGGUCUUGCUUAAAUUCUAAGAGAAAAUUGGCUUUUCUGGCUGCUAUUUGCCUGUCUGACAUCCGUCUUGUGAAGAAUUCCAGCCCACAGUGAGCAGAAAUGGCUUUGCUACAG